AUGUUUGUGAUGGAGAGAGAGAUGCGGCCGCCGGCGCUGGAGGAGUUCGGGCUGCCGGACGCCGGAGCCGAGAGCAGGACGUACCUGAACCACGCGCUGUCUUACGACCAGGCCAAGCGGAUCCCCAGAUGGGUGGUGGAGCACGUGUCCCAACUGAAAACCCUAGGUUCUGCAGACCGAAAGCACUGUAAGUUCAAACCAGAUCCUAAUAUCCCUCUAAUGUUUAGUGCUGUCAAUGAAGACUACUUAGGGAGCGGAUGGUCACGAGGACACAUGGCACCAGCAGGAGAUAACAAAUUUUCAACGCAAGCUAUGGCUGAAACAUUUUAUCUCUCCAACAUUGUGCCUCAGAAUUACGAGAAUAAUGCUGGAUUUUGGAACAGAAUGGAAAUGUAUUGUCGGGAAUUGACAAAGAGAUUUGAGGAUGUUUGGAUAGUUUCAGGACCUUUGACCUUGCCUCAAACAGAUGAUGAUGGAAAGAAGAGAGUUACCUAUCAGGUAAUUGGAAAAGAUGACGUGGCCGUGCCAUCACACCUCUACAAGGUGAUCCUUGCCCGACGAAGCAAAACGUCAGCGGAGCCCCUUGUGCUGGGAGCCUUUGUGGUGCCCAACAACCCCAUAGGCUUCAGUCACCAGCUGCCUGAAUACCAAGUUAACAUCGAAGACCUGGAGAAAAUGUCAGGACUGGUUUUCUUUCCACAGGUAGACAAAACUAAGGAUGUUAAAAAUCUCUGUGAUGUGGACACCUGUAAGCUAAUAGGGUUUAAGGAGUUCACGUUGUACCUUACUGGCCGAAAAGUGCAGAGUGCCAGAACGCUGCACAGGCUGGAAAAGGCCAUGUCAGAGUUAAGGGAAUCGGGAGUUGAGCCUGACGAAUAUCUAAUGAGGGUCUACAAGAAGAAGGAAGAGGAACUCGCUCAGCAAGAGCCGCGGGAAGCUAGAGAAAGGAAGACUGGCUGAAUGUUUGUCUCAGAAAACCGCUUGAGAAUAUGUUCUCCCCGAGCUGUACAUCUGUGCGUGCACGCUCCUUUCGCAUUUUGGGCCUUGGCUGUUCAAAGAAAUUGUCAAAACAAUUGCGAGAGAAUGAAAAUUGAUGGAUUUGGGGGGAUAAUGUUCAUUCAUUCUCCUGUAAUAUGAUGCAGGUAUGACUUGCUAAAGUACUUUUGCUAUGAGAAGUGAAAGUGACCCCUUCGCAGCAUGCUAAGAGACCUCUAGAAAAGGCGGCGGUGUACUAUUUUCUAAAGCCAACGUCAGACUUGGGUUUUGAACGGAAUCUCUUCUAGGAACGUUAUAAAAAUAGACAGUGGACACCUUGGUAGUAUAACUGGAACAUGUCUAAAUGUAACUCACCCUGUAGAUGUCUUUGAAAAUGAUGCGGUGGAAGCAAUGGUAUUAUUAUGGGGGCUGGUUGAUGAAAGAAAUACAGAAUGGUGUGGGAUUUUAUUGGCAUGUUUUCUUUUGUCUUUUUUUAAGUGUCCAGUAACCGAUACCUAACCUAACCUCUGUUCAUUUGUUUUCCUCCUGCAGUUGUAUUUGGGAUUUUAAAAUCUCUCUCUUCUCCACAUGCUCAUAUACUUUUAAAUGAGUUUCACUGAAUUACGCAUUCCUGACAAAGAGCAAUAGUUCCUUUUCCUUUUGGAAAGGGCUUUUUCUUACAACACAAUGGUUUUAGGGAAUCCUAACUUACACUAGCUGUCCAGUGGUAUUGGUAUUACAGUUGUGCUCUUCUCACUCAUUGUGAGACGAUUAAAAAAAAAAAGUCAGAGGCAGUAAAUUGUGGCAGUGAUGUUAGCAACACGAGUUAACAAAAAAUGAAAAAAAUUAAGAAAAUAUGAUUUAGGUGCUAUCAUUAUGUUUGGGUUUUGCUGUAUUUCAUUCAGCUUGGGCCAUGAAUGAUGCAUUUUGAUUGAGUUUGUAGUCACUUAGUGACUGUAACACACUUGUUCAGUACUGCAACAUCUGAGCUGUUAUCUACAGGGAAACUUUUAAAAUCAAACGAUUAUUUGUUGACAGUAAUUUUUAAAAAGUAAUAGAAUCUUUACUUUUUAUGUUACAGUAUUUUUAUUCUGCAAAUCCUAACUUUCAGGCAUAAAUUAAUGGAGCCUUUGUUCAUUGAACUUCUUGUAUCUGGACUAAGGUGGCAAAGAAAGCAAACAGCAAAACUGACCAUGUUUUUAGAUUUGGAAUGAUACAGUCCUUGGGUUACAAAUUCGUAGCAAUACUCCCUCCAGUUUACAGAUGAGAAGACUGAGGGACUAAUCAAAGAUGGGUCUUGCGCUCACGUUGGGUCAUAUUGCAUUAGGUGAUUACCAAAAGCAGGGAGAAGCUGAUUCAGGAAUAUUACGCCAACCAGGCUUAGUCUUGUGCUAUAAUAACACCUGGCUUACAGUACCUUUCAUGUAGAUAGUGCAUUUUACCAGCCAGUGUCAAACUCUUCAUAAGCAGACUGCUUUAUUUAAAAGCAGUUAAGGUUGCCGUGACAACCUUAUAUUUACCUACCUACCUCAUUAUUUAUAGGAGCCAAGACUUAAAAGCAAGGAAUUAUUAGAUAGUGAGGGUCAUUGUAAACCUUACUGCCCACGUCACACAAGCAAAGGGCAAAAUCCCGAUAAACGUGCCAGUGGAUUAGGAUGUCAUAUGUUCAUCUUCUCCAGUUUGGAAAAAAAGCACAGUACUCUAGAGCACAGCAAGCCACGUCGUGCAGCUCCUGCUAACAGAGGCAGCAGAGGGGCUGGCUCCUGGGACGUGUGCUGCAAAGUGUCAUGGGCAAGGAGCUAGGACUAGAGAUGGACUCACACUUGUGUGGUGGCUUCUCAGGGCGGGACGGGUCUUGCCGUCAGCAGGUAGCCAAGGACUUCACAAUUGCCCAGUGUGGAGCUGGUGGAAGCAGCUGGCUCCCCCCAUCUUGACAGAUGGUCACAAUUUGUGUUUGCCUGGUUGCAAAAGGACACACCCUGUAUAUCUAACAGGUGGUGAUCAUUGUGGUGGGAGGCAAGGCUGCUGUUUUGCUGGAUCCAGAUUCCAGUUGCUUAUUAUCCACCCCUCCCAGGCAGGUGCAUCAAGUGAUGGGAGACAGAGUAUGGUGUAACUCUUCACGAGGAGGCCGAUAAACUAACCCCCUGCCUCCUCACUGGUCUGUUAAAACUAUAUUCUACCUCAGCCUCACAGGCAGGACAUUACAUGGCAGCAGGGAGUCCUUUCAUUGCCCAGGGCCUCUUUUCUGUCCUCUAAGUCAGUGGUUCUCAAUCUUUUUUCCUACCAGGACCUAUUUGCAAAGAACCAUGGCCUGUCCUGACCCACAUCCCCCUGACCCUGCUGGUGUCCCUCACUCCUGACCUGCAGCCCCCCCGUCCCCCCAGCUACCCCCAUUCUGCUUGGGCCAGAGCGCGAGCAGCGAGUACUACCCCUGUCCCAACUCUGCCGAGCAGCAAGUAUGAGCGCUGACCCUGUACUACGGGUCCAGGCACACAACUCCCAGCUGCAAAGGACCACCCCUGCCCCCUUUUCCCGAUGAAGAGCCAGGUGCCUUCUCCCCCUGCCCUGCCACAGCCCCGUGCCCGACCACUUCCCAGCACCGGCAUGCGUGCACAGCACCUCCCACCCCACAAGACAGUUCCCCUGGACCUCCGGCCUCCGCUCCUCAUACACUUACCUGCAUCCCGUGGUGGGACCUGCUCCAAUGACCCAACCUCACUGUAUGCUGUCCACGUGGGGCUGCAUGCACAGACACACGUGCCCAUUGUCUCCAAUCGUGCCAAGCAGCCCCUUGCAGGCUGGAACACUGCCAGCUUGGAAGGGGAAACCCAUGCUUUUGCAUCGUUUUCUGGGACUUGCUCGUGACCCUUUCAAAUAUUGCAACCCACAUUUGGGGCGCGACCCACCGGUUGAGAAACACUGCUCUAUGUUAAAACUCUUGCCAGUGUAACAUUUUAGCAGCAAGCAAUAGCAUAAAGCCAUGACCCUUUCCUUUGGAGGCAGGCAUCUUUGAGCAGAUGCUCCUUAGUUCAGCAUCUAUUCUAGGCUGAUAUGCACUCCUGAAUUCCUAUAGGGCCUGAUUAGCAUUAUUUUUCACCCCAACUGCCUUGCCAUGUGGUGUAUAUGCCUGUGAUUUUUUUUUCAGCUCCAUUUGAGUGUGGUCAUUCUGCUUUGUCUCCCCUUACAAGACUGUAGCAGGUGCAACCAUCAAGCCCUUGGCAAAUGGUUAAAAAAAAUCAUUGUUUGUCCCAGGAAAAACACAUCCAGGUACAAUUAUAAUCAGAUGCACUUACUGUGCUGAUUUCACAGUUUGAGGUAAUAAUUUUGGAGACUGUUUUAUAACAAAACUAAUUUAUCCCCUCUUGCUGUAAUGAGGCUUUCUAAGAGAAACAGAAAAAUACAGCACUAAAAAUGGCAUCUAUUCCCCCCCCAAACAAAUUACUUCUGGAUAUUCUCUGAGCUACCUACAUGUUGCUUCAACAUGCCAUACAUUAAGCACUAGUGCCUCAGCUAUAUUAUUUUCUGUAUCAUUUUCAUCCCUCAUCUGUCCUUUUGUUUUGCAGACGUGACCAUAUGACACAUGGAUGUAUGCUUGUUAUUUCUUUGGGUAAAUUUACACCAUAUUUAUAGCAGUGGGGAGUUGUACGGUGUGUAUCUGCUCCUUGCUUAUUCCAGGAACGUAGACAAGCCCUAAGUGUGGUAAGAGCCACUGCUGGCAAAUGCUAGGACCUGCGUGCUGUGCGUGUCGGCAUGUUGAGCUCUAAAGCUGUGUAAAAGAAUUGUGACAUCAUGACAUCUCUACCCCUCUCUUUUUCUGCUGUUCUCCAGCAUUCGUACGAGAUUUGAUUCAGAACAUAGGAGUUGGUAAGCAGUGGUUCAAAUACUGAGGAAUACAUGCUAUUCUCUACUGGUUUAAGCAGUGCACUUUCUAAUAAUAACUGACGUGAAUCUGGAUCCAGCAAUACAGCAGCCUUGCCUCCCACCACUAUGAUCCCACCUGUUAAAUAUACAAGGUUUGUGUCCUUUUAAGUAGAUGCAUUUCUACUUAGUUGGGGGGGGGGUGUCUGUGUGUGUGUGUGUUUGCACGCUGCAACUCACCAUCUUCUGUGUAUAAUGUAAAUGCAGGUCUGGUGUUUGGCCAUUUGGGGGCAGUCAAAACCUACAACAUACUCGGCUGCUGUGUAGCCAGGACCACAUGAACUUCAGGAGCCUGAAUGUUUGGGGCUACAAGCGGCAUAGUCCUAAAACUGCCUUUCCUGCUUAUAAUGUUGCUAUACAUGUUUUUAUGAAUUAGUGUUACAUUUACUGUAUUAGACAGUAGUGCAAAAUGCAAGCCAGUGACUUUCCUAGCUUUUUUUUGUGGAUGGGGCAUUGAGAUGGCAGGGAUGAAGCAACAUACCUGCAUUAGAUUUACCAGCAAGGUUGGUUCUUCAUUUUUUAUAUCUUGUGCUAAGCCGACUUCAAGUCCAGCUUCUUUACGGGUGUAAUUGCAGCUGAGUAUGUAACACACUAUAAAUGAUGCAGAUAUUUUAUAAUACCAUUAAAUUGUACUUAUGAAUACUGUAGACUUGCAAAUGUUUUGAAACUGGGUUUUGAUUUGUUUGUAUAGCCAUUAGUUGGGUUUGGUAUUAGGAUAUCCCAGUUGUUACAGAACCACCUGGAGGCCUAUUUUGCUGAGUCCUGUACGGGCAUGAACACGCUGUCGGGCAGGUCCUACCUUGCAGAGCUCGUUAUCUUUAAGAGGCAAGGCAAGCAAAGAACAGGAAGAUGUGAAGAGCUGGAUCCGCAGAAGGUACUUGCCACACCUAACUUUCAGGUGCCCCGUCUCAUUGGGCACCUGACGCAUGGAGAGUGGUGCCUAAGAAGGAAAUGCAUAGCUAGCAGGCUGAGCAGGGAGCAAAGCUAGCCAGUAGCAAAUGCUGAGAAGAGUAGACAGCCUCUCCUGGAGGUAGCCAUCUAGGCCAGUCCUUUUUCAUAGAACUCACCUUUCCUCCCCUGCUGCCCUAACCCUCUGUUUCCUCUUAUCGGCUUAUGCAGGUGAUUAGGGUGGUCACUGGGAGGGUGGUUUUUUGGCUCCCUGCUCUGUGUGAUUUCGAGUAGGUACUCAAAACCCAACUUCUAUCUCAGGUGGAGAGUAGCACUGCCAGGCUGCUGGGCAUUCAGAGGACUGGGCACCUCAAUUACUGGGGUUCAAGCUGCUCCACGAACGGACCAAACAAACUUACUCGCAGUUAGACUUGUCACCUAAGGGACUAGAAUAUGUGGGUUCAAAUUGCAGCUCUGAAUCAGAAAACGGGAGAGGUAAAAACUGGUUUGCCUCUCAGAGGUAAAUGCCCUGGCCCCUGAGCUAUUGCAGCAAUGGGACGUGGACACCAGGCCAGCCCUGACAAGCCUUUUGUGCAACGCCCAAGCCAUUAGUUGUGCUCUGGAAACACUACUGAAUUAAGUAGGUUGAAAUAGUACCCAGGUGGUUAGUGUGUUAAGUGCUUCAUAAGCAACCCAACACCCUGUCCACCCGGGUACGAGCUCCCCUGCCACUUAUGGAUUAAACUAAACAGGAUUUGCUCUGGAGCUGGACGCUUUAAUGCCACACUCUAUAAGAUGGCUUAAAGGACAGUGCAAUAUGUGAGUGUGGCAAUGCACCAGAGACCGGUCACCACCUCCUCACGUGUGCAGCAUACCCGCGCACCCACAGUGAGGACCUGGCAAGUUUAAUCCGUAAAGCAGUUGUGUGGCUCCGCCACGUUAAUGAUGUGUAGAGGGGGAAUGAAGUAUAUGAGAGAAGACGACGACUGAAUUGGGUCUCACGAGCAGGAGAACCGGGGGUGGGGGGCCGCGUACUUGGCAUUAGCUCUCCAAGUACUGCAGUGAGGUCAGGGCUUAGGUGGGUCUUCACAUGCCCACCAGCAGCUGCUUCAUCAGCUUGAGCAUUUCACCAGCCAAACACUGAUCCGUGAGGACUUGCAGUGCCUACGAGGUGAGGUGCAGCUGAGCGGAGGUUAUGAGACUCCAAGUGACAGCCAAAUGUUGGAGUUGAGUCAUGUGUGCUGCCCUCCACCCUCUUGUUGCGGACAAGGGAGAUGCAGUUGUGGCGUUCAGCUGUUUGGGGGGCAGUCAACACGGAUGAUGGAGUUGGCUGCUCUGUUUCCAGUAGCGCACCAGCCUGAGCGUUCACUUGGGGCUACAAGCAGACUAUUGCUUCCACCCUGUUGGACUGGCUUCAGUGCCAAGGGGCAAAGAUAGAUGUUGGUUUUACCGCCUUGCCUUCAGUUGCUUGAACCUGGGGUUACCAUAUUUCCAGUUGAAAAAAAAGAUGAUGGGGGCAGUGAUAUGCUGGUGCCCUGCCCCCACC